CGUCUUGGCAUACGGGACCGACAAGAAAGGAGCACAGUCGUCGCCCCCGCGGCCACCAGGGCCUCGUGUCGCCCGCAGGCUCCAGCAGGUGCGCAGUGCACCGGCUGUGUCCUCGAGUCCUCCCGCCCCGCGGCCUGGGCGCAGCGCCCGCCCCGCCCUCGUCCCCGCCCGCGGGCCGCCCGGGGCAGGGCCUGCAGCUGGGGCCCGUGAGCCGCGGACCGGGCAUGGGCGGGCGGCUGUCGGCGGAGGGCGGCUGAGUGCGGCCAAGGGUCCGCGCGGUGACCUCCUGUCGCCGUGCGCUCCCCUUCAGUGAGCCUGUUCGCAACGGGGACCAAGCCCGCUGGCUGCAGAGACCCGGCUCCGCGGCGGCGGUGUAAAGCUCUCGCUGUCCGGCUGUACGCGGGACUGAGCUGUUGGCGCUGUCCUGGCGCGAUGCGCUGAGCGCCCGGCUCCCCCGCUGCACCCAGAGCCGACCCCAUGGAACCAGCAGGCACCGGGCGGAGCCUGCUGGCGCCGCCGCCUGGGCUUCUGCUGCUGCUGCUCCUGCAGGUGGCGGGGCCCGCGGGCACCCUGGCAGAGACCCUCCUAGACUCUCCAAAGGCCAGGGGCACCAGUUCCAGCCCACCUAGCCCGGCGAGCGUGGUGGCUCCGGGAACCACGCCGUUUGAGGAAAGUCGUCUGCCGGUGUUCACUCUGGAUUACCCCCACGUGCAGAUCCCCUUCGAGAUCACCCUGUGGAUCCUGCUGGCCUCCCUGGCCAAGAUCGGCUUCCAUCUCUAUCACAAGUUGCCCACCAUCGUGCCCGAGAGCUGCCUUCUCAUAAUGGUCGGACUUCUACUUGGUGGCAUUAUCUUUGGUGUGGAUGAGAAGUCUCCCCCCGCGAUGAAGACCGAUGUCUUCUUCUUGUAUCUCCUGCCGCCCAUCGUGCUGGACGCCGGCUAUUUCAUGCCCACUCGCCCCUUCUUUGAGAACAUAGGCACUAUUUUCUGGUAUGCCGUGGUAGGAACGCUUUGGAAUUCCAUUGGCAUCGGGGUCUCUCUGUUUGGCAUUUGCCAGAUUGAAGCCUUUGGCCUUAGUGACAUCACUCUGCUCCAGAACCUGCUCUUUGGCAGUUUGAUCUCAGCCGUGGACCCCGUGGCGGUGCUCGCUGUCUUUGAGAACAUCCAUGUCAAUGAGCAGCUCUACAUCCUGGUCUUUGGGGAGUCCCUGCUGAACGAUGCUGUCACAGUGGUCCUCUACAACUUGUUCAAAUCCUUUUGCCAGAUGAAAACCAUCGAGACCAUUGACGUGUUUGCAGGAAUUGCUAACUUCUUUGUGGUGGGAAUUGGCGGAGUGCUGAUUGGCAUCUUCCUGGGAUUUAUAGCAGCAUUUACUACUCGUUUCACACACAAUAUCCGUGUGAUUGAACCGCUCUUUGUCUUCCUGUACAGCUAUUUGUCCUACAUAACAGCUGAAAUGUUUCAUCUCUCAGGCAUCAUGGCAAUCACAGCUUGCGCCAUGACGAUGAAUAAGUAUGUGGAAGAAAAUGUAUCUCAAAAGUCCUACACGACCAUCAAGUAUUUCAUGAAGAUGCUGAGCAGUGUCAGCGAGACCUUGAUCUUCAUCUUCAUGGGCGUGUCCACGGUUGGGAAGAACCAUGAGUGGAACUGGGCCUUUGUCUGCUUCACCCUGGCCUUCUGUCUGAUCUGGCGAGCGCUGGGUGUCUUUGUCCUAACUCAGGUCAUUAACUGGUUCCGGACCAUUCCCCUGACCUUCAAGGAUCAGUUCAUCAUUGCCUAUGGAGGGCUCCGAGGCGCCAUCUGCUUUGCUCUGGUGUUUCUCCUCCCGGCCGCCGUGUUCCCCCGGAAGAAGCUGUUCAUUACAGCUGCCAUUGUGGUCAUAUUCUUCACUGUCUUCAUCCUGGGGAUAACCAUCCGGCCACUGGUGGAGUUUCUUGAUGUUAAGAGAUCUAAUAAGAAGCAGCAAGCUGUCAGUGAAGAAAUCCACUGCCGGUUUUUUGAUCAUGUGAAGACUGGCAUUGAAGACGUUUGUGGACAUUGGGGUCACAACUUUUGGAGAGACAAGUUUAAGAAAUUUGAUGACAAAUACCUUCGGAAGCUUUUGAUUCGGGAAAACCAACCCAAGUCAAGCAUUGUGUCCUUAUAUAAAAAGCUGGAAAUAAAACAUGCUAUUGAGAUGGCAGAGACUGGAAUGAUAAGUACUGUCCCCUCUUUUGCAUCUCUAAAUGAUUUCCGUGAAGGAAAAAUAAGGAAGCUCACGCCUGGUGAAAUGGAUGAAAUUCGAGACAUAUUAUCCAGGAAUCUGUAUCAAAUCCGUCAGAGAACUUUGUCGUACAACAGACACAAUUUGACAGCAGACACCAGCGAGAGACAAGCCAAAGAGAUUCUGAUCCGCCGCAGGCACAGUUUGCGUGAAAGCAUCAGGAAAGACAACAGCUUGAAUCGAGAGCGCAGGGCUUCCACUUCAACAUCCAGAUAUUUAUCCUUACCCAAAAAUACAAAGCUUCCAGAAAAGCUACAAAAGAAAAAGAAUAUUUCUAAUGCAGAAGAGGAAAGUCUAAGGAUUGCUGGUGAUAAUGGAGGGCGAGAUGGCAAUAGCAGCGACUCAGACGUAGACACCGGGACCACCGCGCUUAAUUUGCAACCCCGAUCCAGGCGCUUCUUGCCAGAACAGUUCUCCAAGAAAGCCUCCCAGUCCUAUAAGAUGGAAUGGAAGAACGAGGUAGAUGGAGAUUCUGGCCGAGGGCAGCCCAUCCCGUCCCCAGCACCCCGCAGCAAAGAGGGGGGCACCCAGACGCCAGGCGUACUGCGCCAGCCCCUUCUCUCCAAGGACGGCUUUGGCCGUGGCAGGGAAGACAGUUUGACUGAAGACGUGCCACCCCGGCCUCCUCCGAGGCUGGUCCGCAGGGCAUCCGAACCCGGAAACCAGAAAGCCCGAUUUGGGAGUGAAAAGCCCUAAUGGAAAUGGCCAAGGGAGAGCAGGGGCGACUGACCCAGCAAAGCUGUGGUUUCUCUCUCCCAUACCUGAAGCAACGGCGGAAUCCCUUUAAAAUCCCCUAUCUGAAUGCUGUCUUUGGAUGGUAGAGUCAAUAGUGAUUGAUGGGAAGAAUGUUUAUCCCAAGAAGGGGGAAAUCAAAGAAAGUUUAGUCCCGCAAAAAUCUCUUCUGUGACUUGUGGCUUGCAAAUUGUACUCAAUGCAAGACUGAAGGAAAAAAAAAGCGUGCCUUUAAAAAUCGAACUUGAACAACAGAACUUGAAAAUUUUAACACACCCUUGUUGGUGGAAAUUUUAAUAUAUUACAUGUAUGCCUCAAAUUUUAUUUAUGAAAAAAAAUAUAUAUAUGUCCAUAGUGGGUCAGUUUUUAAGUGAAUGGCACUAAAAGUUCCUAGAGCAUCUUUCUGAGGGUCAGUGGUCAGUUUCUAAAGGGUGAAUCCUAAGCUCAGGUAGAGGCCUCUCCCUGUGCUGAGAGCGAAGCUGUUGGACCUGUUGGUAAAGGAGGAGCAAAGCCCCAAACUGAGGCUUCUCAUGACUAAUGAAUUGGGAACACAAUCAGGUGGGAGUGAUGUGGCUCCCAGCGUGUGGUCUAGACACCCCACACUCUUGUGAAACAAUCAGAGUUACUGUUCUUAAUUGUUCAUCUGUGAAUCAUGUGUUUGGGGGUGACAUAUAAGUUCCAUCUCCCCUUCUUUUUUGAUAUUUUUCAUGGUGCAAAGAGAAAUUCUUCCAGGGACAAAAAUCAGCCUAUUGUAUUUGAUGGAUUUGGUGGCAGCUGUUUAGAAGCCCCACCCUGGAAGCGCUCCUGUGGCCAAUGGUAAGGAGAUAGGGUAGCACCUGCUUAUCAUUAGGUGGUGGUGGGUUUUACAUUGUGCAAUACUGGGAGGAGGAUGCAGAUGAUUCCUUUCACACCCAUCUAUGGCCACCUGCUUUAAUAGAAUUUUUCUGUAGAACAUUCUAGAAUUUGGAGCCCAGGUCAAGCAGACAAAGAUGAAUGUUUUUAAAAACAGUAUUCUAAUGUUUAAUAGAUUGGUAAGAUUCCAGGCUUUGACUUUUGUUCAGGAAGCACUUUGGAGAAUGUGGGAAUCCUAUUUUUUUUUUCCUUUUUUGCACUAAUCUAUAAUUUACCUCUUCACUUUCAGUAAUGCAAUGACUCAAAUUCUUCAUAUACAAUUGGAUUCUACUCAUUGGAGUACUUUUUAGAAGUAGGGCAGAAGGAAGUGGAAUGUAAUCAUUAAGGAAUAUUUGAAUCUCUGUCUCUUAAACUGCAGAUUUUAUUGAAUUGUCACUCCCCCCCCCCCGAAUAAUCCCUCUUUAAAAUUUACCUGCGACAAGACUCUACAUUUCUGGGCUUAGAUAUUAAAUGAAGCCAUUCAUAUACUUUCUUGGUUUCAUAUUAGAAACUUUCCACACCCAGCAAAGGGUACAAGUGGCCAAAGUAUGACAGGGGGAGGAACAUGAAUAAAUUAAACAGAAAGAGACAGUCCUCAGCAGCCCUUCUGCAGCCCCUCCUCCACCCCCAUCAACAUGGAGAAAACGUCUUUCCUUGUUUCUUAUGUUCUAAAAUCUGGGAAUACUGCAGGUGGCUUACAUGAGACAGGGAGGAGGGUACAGAAGAGUCAGGUUUGUAAGAGCACAAGUCUUUCCCAGCAAACCUAGGCUGGUCAGUGGAAAGCAAUGGAGAAGGCAAUCUGAAAGCCACAAGCCUAGGACUCUGUGCCAAAAAUCUGAAUUUUAAAUGAAAAUAUUAAUAUCAAAAUAUACAUUCCUUCUACUGAAAAGAAAUGUAAAAGGAUGCAGAAUUUUAUUAUAGAAAUGUAAUUCAUCGAGAGAUGUGAUGUGUGUUUUUGAGAAUGCCAAGGGUGAAUUUUUCAUAAUACUUAAUUUUUGAAAUCUGCAAAAGAAGGUAGAAAUUGAAAAUGACCUUUAAAAAUAAAUGUCCUGGUUUCUAUGUUCAUGAACAUUAUACUUGAGUUUAAUUUUCUGGAAUGAAGGAGAAAACAUGAAAAAAAAAGUAAAAGUCAAAUAAAGAGUUUGAACGAUAUUGUAUAGAUUUCUGGAAAAGAGUACUGGAGUCAUUUUAUCUUAAUUAUUAUCUGUUUAAUUAUUUUUAUUCAUUGAAUGGCAAAGGUAAUAAAAAUAAAUUUGACUUCA